AUGGGGUAUGCCGUGCUGGCUUGGUCUGGCAUUUCCGGUAUCCAAGGAGUUGGGGAGGCGAAACGUCAAGCUGUACAUAUUUCAAGCGAAAUUUCAGGACUUACCGUUCCGCCGACUUACGCUUCAUCUCGACCUCCGACUGCCUCACUGUUUUUGUUUCCUCUCCUGCGCUGUAUACAAGCUGCGAAAGUGGCACAACAACGGUUUCUCAAUUUGCAUGAAUAUCAAAGCAAGGAGCUCCUGCAUAAGCAUGGAUGUACCGUGCAAAACUUCAUAGUAGCAUCGGAUGUAGAUGAAGCAAGAGAGAAGUUGAAGAGAUUCGAGAUGUUGUUUGAAGGUGAUAUUGAGUAUGUAGUAAAAGCACAAAUUCUUGCUGGUGGUCGUGGCAAAGGUCAUUUCAUUGGUGGAGAUGACAAAAUUAGAGGAGUAUUUAUCACACUGGAGUGA